UAUAUUAGCCUGAAAACGAAACACCUGAUUUGGUAUUGAUUGCAAAACUGUUGACGUAAUUAUUAAAUAUUUUAUUUUAAUGUUGACUUGUUUGUGUGAGAAUGUAGAUUCCUUGACGCUUAUUUGCCCAAAUUUGCCUUCAGGCUCCCCACGUCCGUCUGUUUCUGUGCGUGAUCCAUAUGGUCGGGAUGUGGUAAGUUGUCUAAGGUAACGAUGGCGUCUAUAGCGGAUAGACUGGGCGUCAGCGGCGACCACGAGUGGUCAUCGGCGCCAGCUUCAGCAAGGGCAACAAGGGCACCGCCUUCCACUCCGUGCGCUAUGACUUCAAGCCGGCCUCCGUGGACCCGUCCAAGACAGCCACAGUGGACGUGGGUGAUAACCACAGUGUGACAGUGACUGUGCCGCACAUCGAGGGCACCAACCACACCGUCUACCGCGGCAACAGCCGGCCCUACCAGAAGGAAUGUGUGCUGAUAGUCGACCAUGAAACGGGGGAUAUCAGGCUCGAGAGGCUCACUGAGAACAUCCAGGUCAAGAAGACCAGGUCGGAGGGCCCCACGCCGCGGAUGCCGGCCAUGCCGCGGCCUUUGACUCCUAUCGACCCGGUGGCGCGGCGCACCUCGCCCUCCCAGCACCAGGCGGCGGCGGCGGCGGCUCCUCCGGCACCGCCGCAGCGCCUGUCGCCACACUCUGUGCCCUCUCGGUCUGCGCGCGCCUCACCCACUGUGCGCCGGCCGUCCCCGGUGCCGCACCAGCAGCCGGCCCGCCGCGAGCCGCCGCCGCCGCCCCCACCACCGGCCACGGCGCCCGGCAGCAUGCCUAGCAUCCUGGGGAUGCUGGACGAUGACACCUCGCUGCAGCUGCCGCAGGCCGCCCCGCCUCCCCAGCCGCCCCCGCCGCCGCAGCAGCAGCAGCCGCCCGCCGCGCCGGCGCACGCGCCGCCCCGCAACCCGAGUACCGACUGUAUUGGCACGGUGAGCGACAGUGACAGUGACAGCGACUCGGGCUCCAGCUCCGACAGUGACAUGGAUGUGGACAGCCGACCCGUGCCAGGUCGUCAGAACGGUAACCUGAACAUGCCGUCCCUGCUGACGGACCUGCAGCUGUCCGAGUCGGACUAGCCGCCGGCGCGGGCCACAGGUCACCGACAGCCCGAGGUCACCGGCCUCCAGGUCAGCCAGGUCACUCCCGAGGACCGCCCGGCCUCGCACCGAGUGGCCGACGCGGCGUGGCUGCGGGCGCAGCCAGGACAAAACGACACACAGAUAUAACUGUAUAACGUGCCUGCUACGCAACGACGACGGAACGCUUGGACGCGAGGGCUGCGUGCGAUCCUAUAAACGCGUGCGGCCGGCGGGGCGCCGCAGUGUUGUUAUUUCGAACGUUGGUGAUGGGUGCGAGAGCGCGGUCCCUGCCGUCUCUCUGCGAUAGAUUUUAGGAGGUGAGAAGGACUAUGUCAGUGACACACCGCAGGUCGGGGAGGAGCUUUGCCGGCUCAUACCAGAAGGUAGCCGUCGUGGUGAGGCAGGAGGUAGAUCUGUAAGAGUGGGGCGGAUUCGCGGCCAACCAGGCCGUGACUGGAGCCUCCCUUAAGUCGACCGGAUGGACUGAGUUCCGAUGGUUCUAUAACGGUACCCUAGACUCUACGAGGCGAUAUUACUUAUCAACCGUGCCCUAUGUGCGGACGGCCGGGAGGGUGCAGAUGCGUGCCCGGGAGACUGGGCUCCCGCCGGCUCUAACGCGGCUGAGCCCCGGCCGUCCGCUCUCCAACCGUUCCACAAACCAGCGUCUCUGAGCGCCUACUAACGUUCUGUGUUCUCCUGUGUUCUUUGACAAUGGUUCUUACCAUAGCCAGCUGUGAUCGCGAGCGAGCGGUCCGCCGAAGAGCUCUUCAGUGAUGGGUGCGUCAUUCCCCUCGUGGACAAAUCAUUUAUGCAAUCAGUCGAAAACAAGUCAGAUAGACGAUAUGCAGUAUCAACGGCAAAUAUCAAAAUCUAUUCCGCCGUAUCGCUUCGUAUGACCGAUCAGGACAUAUCAGAGUGAAUUGAUUAAAUUAUUGCAAUCUGCAGUAGACCUAUAGGUGAGGCCGUUCCGAAUCCCUCUCACGCUGUGCAGUACCGGUCGGCAUGUAUUGAGGGACCCCAUGACCUGGUCUGUGGGCUCCGGGACGCGCAUUCGAGGCUCCCCGUGAGGAGAGAGUCCGGGAGGAAGGAAAGAGUGAGGGAGUGUGUAUCACACGAGUCUGCUCUGCCCGAGGCGGGAAUACAGGUUUGAUAGUU